CUAACGACGAAGCAAUAAACUCUCCGACAAGAAGUAUAGAGAUUCCAUGUACUGAGGUUCCAUGUACCGAGGUUCCAAUUUCUCACAGCCAAGCGUCAAAUUAUCCAAGAAGAAUUAUCAGUAUAAUUAUCAAUACUAUCAGCGGUUUUGGUUUGCAACGUGAUCCAGGAUUACGUCCUCAAAUAUGGGAAUAUAAUGUUAACCAACGAGAAGAAAUUAGACGAGAAUAUAUUUCAGCCGGUCCAUAUCAACCUAAGCUUUCAACAUACCCUCUAUCCGGAGAACUAGAAACUGGAAGAAAGUUAAUGAUGGAGAUAGAUGCACAUUCUUAAAACAUAUGCGCAGCAAAAUUCAUGGGGACGCAGUGAAAGCAUUAGAGGACUUGAAGAAUCCUUCUCAACAUAUAGAAAGAGUAGUUGAGAGUUAUACUUCACAACAAGUUGCUGAAAAUAGGUUGAGACUAAGAACCUCGAUUGAUGCAGUUUUAUGGCUUACAUUUCAAGGUUAUGCAUUAAGAGGUCGAGAUGAAAGUCAAGGAUCAUUGAACCGUGAUAGUUUUCUUGAAAUGAUCAAUAUAUUAGCUUCUUAUAAUAAAGAUGUUGAAGCUGUAUUAGAUAAAGCUCCAAAAAAUGCUACUUACACUUCUCCGCAGAUUCAAAAAGAGAUUCUACAUGUCAUUGCGGCAAAGGUCAAAAAAGAAAUUCGUGAAGAGAUCGGUGAUAGAAAAUUUUGUCUUAUCGUUGAUGAAGCUAGUGAUGAAUCCAAAAAAAAAGAGAAAAUGGCAAUAGUGCUUAGGUUUGUUGACAAGAACGGGUUGAUACAAGAGCGAUUUUUUGGACUUGUUCAUGUUUCAGAUACAACCGCAUUGACCUUAAAACAAGAGAUAUAUUCAGUUUUAACUGAAAAUGGUCUAGAUGUUCAAAAUAUUCGAGGACAAGGAUAUGAUGGAGCAAGUAAUAUGCGAGGUGAGUGGCAUGGUUUGCAAGCUUUGAUUAUGAAAGAUUGUCCAUAUGCUUAUUAUAUUCAUUGUUUAGCACAUAGAUUACAAUUGGCAUUGGUUGCUGAAGCAAAGGAAGUUAUACCGGUUGAUCAAUUUUUCAUCAAAUUAAAUAUGAUUAUUAAUAUUGUUGGUGCUUCUUCUAAGCGCAAGGAUGAAUUAAUGAUUGCUCAAGCUGCUAAUAUUAAAUAUAUGAUAUCUAUCGAUGAAAUUGAGACGGGAAGCGGUUUAAAUUAGAUAGGAAAUUUACAGAGGCCUGCAGAUACUCGGUGGAGUUCUCAUUUUAGAUCAGUUUCUAGCUUGAUUGAUAUGUUUAGUUCAACUUGUCAAGUUUUGCUUAACGUUAUUCAAGGUGGUACUAAAGCUUCACAGCGAUCACUAGCGUAUGGGGCUUAUGAAAACAUGACUACUUUUGAUUUUGUGUUCAUCUUGCAUGUCAUGAAGAAAACCAUGGAGAUCACCGACUUACUCUCCCAGGCUUUGCAAUACCAAUCUCAGGACAUUGUAAAUGCUAUGUAACUUGUUUCGUCAACAAAAGCAUUGCUUCAAAAUUUGAGAGAUGAUGGGCUAGAUGACUUAAUCAGUGAGGUACGUGUAUUUUGUGCUGCUAGAAAUAUAGAUGUUCCUGAUUUCAAUUCUAAUUAUGU